CCAGCCGAUGACGCUGCGGUCUCCUUGGAUUCCCUCCCCGUCGUCCACCUGCCCGGCGAAUCCUUCCUUCGUCCUGCUCCUGCGGCAGCCGGCGGCGUGAGCAGCCUUCUGUCCCUCCAUCCAGCCGCACGAGGCCGCUGCUGCCAUCCGUCAUCCAUGGCGCUCAACUCUUCCUCCCAGGAUGCUUCCAGCCCUCCUGCCACACAGAGGGUACUGAUAACGAACAAGCACGGAGAGAAACUUGUGGGGCUGCUGCAUCCCACGGGCUCCAACAAGAUUGUAGUCUUGUGCCAUGGCUUUACUGCCUCCAAGAGCACUAGCAUCAUUGUUGAUCUAGCAGAUGCAAUAACAAAACAAGGAGUUAGUAUCUUCCGCUUUGAUUUCAGUGGAAAUGGAGAAAGUGAAGGCGAGUUCCAGUACGGCAACUAUAGGAAAGAGGCUGACGACUUACAUUCUGUUGUCUCGUAUCUUUAUCAGGAGAAGUACGAUGUCACGGCUAUUGUCGGUCACAGCAAGGGAGGAGAUGUGGUGGUUCUGUAUGCCUCCCUGUAUGAUGAUGUCCGCAUGGUUGUCAACUUGUCUGGCCGAUUUUAUUUGGAGAAAGGCAUUGAAGAACGGCUAGGGAAAGAAUUUAUUGACAGGAUAAACAAGGAAGGUUACAUUGACGUCACAGACAAGUCAGGAAAGGUUUUAUACAGAGUAACAAACGACAGCUUGAUGGAACGACUGAACACUGAUAUGCUUGCAACGAGCCUUUCCAUCAGCAAAGAAUGCAGCUUCUUCACAGUUCAUGGUUCAGCUGAUGAGAUCAUCCCGGUGGAAGAUGCAUAUGAGUUUGCGAAGCAUAUACCGACUCACAAACUGCGUGUCAUCGAGGGAGCAGAUCACUGCUACACCGCACAUCGCAAAGAACUUUCGGACGCUGUGGUGGAUUUCAUCACGUCCAACAAGGGGAUACCUCAUUAGCAAAAGAUGAAUAACUUAUGAUAAAUUGCUGCUGCAUACUUUUGUACAACUUGUAUGCUUUACUGAAGCUCCAUCCUCUGAACAAGGCAGUCGGAAGACCAUGGUCAUUCAACUUUUUUUUCCCGUUUGUGUUACCUUUUUACCUAAAUAAUGGAAAAGCAUGCAAUAGAAAGUAUGGAACUUUUUUAUCA